CCGUCACACAUACACGGACGCGAGGCGACAAGGCGUGAACACGGCGUCUUCGCUGGCGGCGGCUCCGCGUCGACGUCGUCGUCGUCAUGAACUUCCUGCAGAGCAUCUUCAGGCGGAGGGAGGCCGCCGCCGGAGCUGCGGCUGGGGCAGCCGUCGACGCGCAAGGCACCGGCGCCGAGAUGGAGCCACCGCAGGGGGAGGGUGCGACGUCGCCAGCCACCCCUCCGCAGCAGUCCCGAGAUGCACCGCGGCGGCCUGCAGACGACAACAACAGCAGCUGUCAGGAGGGACAUGACGACGACCAGGGUGCGCCCUGUGGCGAGGACGCCCAGGACGCCCUGAGGACAGGUCCCGGACCUCCUUCACGCGACAAUGUAAGCCCGGCCGCCGACGCACACGACGACCCGUCGCCUCGGACCUUCAGCGAGGUGGUCCGGGCGUCGCCGUCCCACGGCCGUCGUCCUGGAGAGGUUACGUCGCCUGGUGGCGCCGAGGAGGGAGACCAUGCGGACCAGGAUAAGGACGACGCUGGCCGGCUGGCCCAGUGCCUCCGCGGCGCCCUGCUCCGUCACGACCACCGGGACGCCAACGUUGAGGUGAUUCUGGUGGAGCAGCCCCAGAGUGCAGACGAACCCUUUGGAGGUUAUGUUGUGGGGAGAGAAGAGGAGGGGGCCACUUUGAAGGCCCCGCCCAGGAUCCUCGUGUUCGACGAAGACAACAAGUGCCAAAACGCAAGUAGCGCCAGCUCGACGUCGUUGGAGUCGGCGGUCAGUGACUUACCGGGGCUGUCAGACGUAGAGCCCGCCCACGACCACCUCCAGGAUGCAGUGUUGGUCGUUGGCGAUCGGGACCGCCACUUCCUCAGGCCCCUGAAGAGAAUCGUUCGCAUUUACCUCCGACGCCGUGUCGCCCCGAGCGAGAGGAUGGGGAACUUACAGGGCUCCGACGGCAAGUCUGGACGCUCCGGCGCGUCGGGCGGCAAGAGCCCCGGCAAGCAGCGCAAGGGGCUGGCCAAAAAGUCGCCCUUCCGGCCGGGCAAGGGCCCCGCGCCGGCGCCCCCGCCCACGCGGCCCCCCCGCGGCCAGGCCCUGGAGCCGGACGACGACGAGGACUCGGCGCCGCUGCCCGGCCGAGCCGGUGGGAGCGGCGCGGCGCACAGCGGCACCGCGGCGGCCGCGGCGGCAGCGGCGGCGCACGGGCCAGUGACUGCCGGACACUCGGCAGGUACCGACGUCUGCUCCGCUGGCUCGGGCUCGGCCGACUCGGGCGAGACGCAAAGCUCGCUCAGCGACCCCUUCCUGACGCCGCACGCCGCCCUCACGCCCGACGCCGGCAGCCACUACUCGGACGCCGACAACGACGACGAGGAUGUGAUCGACGUGGAGGAGGAGGACGACGACGACCUCCUGUCGGACGCCAGGACGCUCACGCCCGCGUCGGCGCGCCACUCGUCGCGGCUCCAGGACAAGACGUCGGAUGACGACGCCACGCUCACGGACUGCGACGACCGCUCCGACUGGGAGCGCACGCCCACGCGCACCCCGGCGCGCACGCCCGUGCACGGCGGCCAGCAGCAGUCCGUCAAGGCCUCGCUGCAGAACCUCUGCGCCCUAGAGGGGGUGUGCAUCAGCAAGGAUGACUUGAGCUACUCCAUGGCGGGCUCCAUGGCAGGCUCCAUGGCGGGGUCCCUGGCGGGCUCGGUGAGCUCGGUGUCCGGGCUGUCGGGCUCGGUGGGCUCCGUGUCGGGCAACGUCUCCUCGCUCGGCGGCAACUCGAUGAUGUCCGGCUCCAUGUCCGGGUCCAGGGCCUCGUUCACCGUCACGCGCCACCGCAAGGUGGACCUCGCCCAGGCCAGGAUAGCGGUGUGCGAUGACGGCGGCGCCGAGGACUUGUCGACGGCCUCCACGCGGUCCGCGGCUCACGCUGCCGCUGCGGCGGCGGCGGCUGCGGCCGCGGCGGCGGGCCACUCGGGACGACACUCGUCGCUCAGCGACGCCCCCAUCGAGAGCAACGUGCUGCGCAAGGUGGCGUCGCUCACGCUGGACCGGGCCACCCUGGACCAGAAGCUGUCCAAGCCCAAGUUCGUCCCGGAGAAGCUCGACUUUCAGAUCUAUGAAAAAUUCGAAGGUCAGGUCCUCAUCAACUGGUUCCUAUCGUCCUUUCCGGACGACCACUAUCUGCGGCAGGUCCUUAUGCCCCAGGACCUCCGCAUCAUCGCCGCCCAGUUCUGCACCAAUUUGCUGAAGGCGGGGGUUGUCAGGCAACUCCUCGAUAAGGACCCCUUGGAUUCCCUGUUUAGGCCGGACCUCAUCUACUACUGGACCCACGCGGAAACUGUAGCAACCGCUCCCCCAACCCCGGGGCGCCUGUCGCAGGCGGCAUGGCCACCCGCUUUGGGGAUAGGGAUGGGCCCGGGGGGUGUCUCUGGCAUCCCCAUCGCCCAGGGCUCCAGCUCCAGGCCCGGCGCCAAGUACACAGAGGCCGAAAAUGGAAUGGGCAAAGGAAGGAGUACAUCUGUGCCAGUAACACCAAUAGGAGGAGAUAAUUCAGAAGAAUUUCAGCAAACACUGAUGGGUCUGAAACGAGAGCACAGAGAAAGUCUUACUAAUCUUGCUGGCAAACAAGAAUAUUCUCUAUUUACCUUACGUGGAGAGUAUGCAGCAAAGCUCACAGAAUAUGAGAGCAAGAUAGCUGAUCUUGAGGCACAAAUUCUCAAUUACCAACAAGAAAUUGAAAGAAACAAAAUGAUAGCCAGCAUUCAGUCAUUAACAAGCCAAGCAUUUGCUGACUUUAAGUCACCAUCAAUUGAAGAAAAGGCCUUUAUUCAAAAAGAAACAGAAGCCUUGGCAACCGAAAAACUGGAUAAGGCCUCUCCUGAAUUAGAGGUUGAAACUGUAGCAAAAGAUGAAGCACCAACCGUCAGUGCAACACCUGUAUCAGCGAGAGCUCUUCCUACGGUUGCAACCAUUGGAACCCAAACUGAAGAGCGAACAUCACAAGAUUGUGCCACUUCACCGGUAGCUGUUCCUGGAGCAGAACCACUACCCGUCGAAAAGGUUGCAGAGCCGUCGAAAAUCAACCAAGAUGCUGUUUGCUCGGUAUCAGUUGCUCCCCCUCCUCCACCUCCCAUGCCAGAUGCCUCUACCCCAGCAGCUAUGCCCACCGCCCCACCCCCACCUCCUAUGCCUGAUGCUCCAGUUCCACCCGGGGGGGGGAAUCCGCCUAUGCCUGGGGCUCCACCUCCCCCACCUUUACCAGGAGGCGCUCCACCUCCACCCCCACCUCCAGGAAGUGUUCCGCCACCUCCGCCAGGGCUCGCUGGACCGAAGCCUUUCCCAACGCCGCCAACAGGUGGAUGGAACGCUCAGAAAGCUAUGUUUAGGAAAGAACCGCUGAAUCCACCAGUCAGCAUGAAACCAUUGUAUUGGACACGAAUAGUGGUCCCUGUCACAGUCACCAUAACCACUCCUGAAACUCCCAGCAAUGGUGGUGCGACGGUUACACCACCACCUCUUUGGGAACAGCUGGAGGAGGCCAAGAUUGAAGAUAUGGAUGCCUUUACUUCAUUGUUCUCAAGACAAGUUAUUGAGAGAAAACCCACAAAGAAAAAGACAGAGAAGCCUUCCAAACAGCAGGCUAUUAAAAUUCUGGACAGUAAACGAUCUCAAAACAUAGGUAUUCUGGCUUCAAGUUUACACAAAGACUUUUCUGAAAUAGAACAUGCUAUAUACAACCUUGAUACUACAGAGGUUAGCUUAGAAGCCCUUCAACAAAUUUAUGAAGUGCGUGCAUCAGAUGAGGAGCUGCAAGCAAUUCGUGCACAUGUUUCCAAUAGCCCAGAUAUCCCUCUGGAUAAACCAGAACAGUUUCUCUAUGAAUUAGCUGAGAUACCCAAUUUUGCAGAAAGAAUAGCAUGUUUCAUGUUCCAAUCAGAGUUUGAGGAUAGAAUUAAUAGUAUAGAGAGUAAAUUAAAUAACAUAAAAAGCACCUCUGAGCAACUCAUGGAAUCAAAAAGCUUAAAGACUGUUCUUGCAAUUAUUUUGGCCCUGGGAAAUUUUAUGAAUGGAGGCAACAGAACCAGAGGUCAAGCUGAUGGGUUUGGAUUGGAAAUCUUGCCCAAGCUAAGGGAUGUGAAGUCAUCAGACAAUUCGUUAACAUUGCUUCACUUCAUUGUUCGAUCAUACAUGAAAAAGAUAUCCGAUCCAGUUACAGAGCCCUUGCCAGUUCCUGAACCAGCAGACAUUGAUAAAGCUGGAACAGUUAUGUUUGAUGAUUUAACUACAGAUUUAAAAAAAUUGGAAAAGCAACUCCAAGCAUGUGAGACAAAAACAAAGAGGGUUAUACUUGCCUCAUCUGAGGAGAAUCUUCAACCAUUCAAAGAAAAGAUGGAGACUUUUCUGUUAUCUGCUUCAAAGCGGGUUCAGGGAGAGAUCGACAGUCUCAAGGAAUGCAUGGAUAGAUUCAUCCAUUUAUUAAAAUUCUACCAAUACCAACCCAAAGGCACGUCCAAUUUAGCAGAAGUUGCUCCCAGAGAUUUCUUUCCUCUUUGGUCUCCAUUCUGUUCUGAUUUUAAAGACAUUUGGAAGAAGGAACAACAAAGAAUUGCCAAAGAAAAAAUGAAUGCAACGAAGAAAAAGGUUGAAAAAAUGCAAAAUGUUGAGAAAAUGAGAAAACAGGAGACUGGAUUGAAAGCAAGACUUCAAAAGAAAAUCGCAUCAACAACUCCAUCAUUGAACCCAACACCAACCCAAUCGCCAGCUCUUUCACCGAAUAUUUCUCCAACUCAUCAACCAUCCUCACCAUCAACUAGUAAAUCAAAAUAAAAAAUCACAAAAGUUCCAAAUAAUUA